UACUCUAAAUACUGAGAGAUCAUUGAGGAGACUUGGAAACAUCCAAACACUAGAGUAGAAAUUUCACCAAUUAAUGGUACAGACAAGAACUAUCUUUUCUAGCUCUUCUCACUCCUUUUGCCUUAAAGAUAUACUAUUUUCGUCCUAAGUUUAUAUUAUUUAUAUUUUAUACCAACCCAAAUCUCCAACAUUACAUUUCAACAAAAACAACCUACUCUUGUGACAUUUCUUGAAACACUUAAAGAAUGGUGGAUGCGUUACUUGGUUCCGACAAGGAGAAGAAGAUGGAAAGUAAGCAGCCAGUGUAUCGUGGAGUCCGCAUGAGGAGUUGGGGCAAAUGGGUAUCCGAGAUACGUGAGCCUAGGAAGAAGUCGAGGAUCUGGCUCGGGACUUUCCCCACGGCUGAGAUGGCCAUGCGUGCUCACGACGUGGCGGCUCUGAGCAUCAAGGGAGCUUCCGCUAUUCUCAACUUCCCUGAGCUCUCGGAUUCUCUCCCUCGACCCGCUUCGCUCAGCCCUCGUGACGUCAGAGCUGCGGCCACCAAAGCGGCUCUAAUGGACUUUGGCAACUCGACGGCGUUUCGUCACGCGAGGUGUGAGAGUGAUAUGAGCGAAACGGCGUCGUUGGGUAAAAGGUCGGAGAGUGAGACUAGCGAAACGGCUUCCUUCUCUUCGUCUUCGUUCUCUGUGACGAGCGUUGUUGAUGAGGAGAGUAUGGUCUCGGACGAUUUGGUCCAGGACAGCAUCGUCGAGUUGCCGAGUCUUGGAACGAGUUUAGACGAGUCAAACGAGUUUGUGUUUUUUGACUCGUUGGAGGAUUUGGUGUUCAUGCCGUCACGGUCACUAAGUGGUGCAUUAGAUGAUUUUACGUAUGACAAUGAUUCUCCGUUGAACUCGAGUUUUCAAGAAAGCUUUUCUUGGAUGCACUUUCCCUGAAAAAUAAAUUAAAAUCGUAUUUUCUCUCUUUUUUUUAUUGGUUUAAUUUUCAUGGGAUCUCUAUGUGUUUUUAUUUGCGUGAGAUAUCUCCAAGAAAGAUGAUAAAAUGUAAGUGUGUAUACUCUUGGGUUUAGCUGAAAUAAUGACAGCAGUGUUAAUGUUUUGAGUAUUUUUGUGACC